ACGUGUAUAAUCGGAAUCGGUAAGAGGUUGUCACUUUGACCAAUCACACACGAGUUUUAUACGAUUUGAAUUGAGGUUAAGGAUUUUAGGAAUUUAGUUUUUUCAAAGAAUGAAUUUUUUUACAAAACUUCUGAAGUUAAAUACUUUGAACGUAUCAUUCACCAAUUGUAGAACUUUGCAAUCACAGAAGGUUUCAAAUAUCCUCCCGGUGUUUACACAAAUUACUAAUGCUCCAAAUCCAUGGAUUUAUCAGCAGAACGAUCACGUGAAACUUCCACUUAGCAGAAUCCAUAAAAUUGAGUUACCCAAUAAUUUAAAAUGGGUCCCACCUUUAAUCGAUCCUGUUAGCAAUGAAGUAUCAAUUGAACCUCCGGUCAGCACCGUUUCUAGCACACCACUGAGUGCAAUUGGAAUAACUGUUAUCAGAAGAAAGAAAAUGAAGAAGCAUAAACUCAGAAAGUUACGUAAGCGGAUGAAAUUUGAAUGGGCAAAGAAACGGCAACGUAGAGAAUGGAGGAAAGAAAAGUUAUUUCAGGCGAAACUAAUCCAACAGUGCAAAGAAGCCGAAUCGUUCUCUGCAGAAAAAUAUGUUCAAGAGAGAAUUGAUAAGUGGAAAGAAUUAACACAGAAUGAAACUUCCAAAGGACCACAUCAAUUUUUAAAUAAAGAAAUGAAACAAUAAAAUAUGUGAGUCAUCA